GCAUCGAUAUCAUUGCGGCAGCGCUUCUGGGCCUCCUGUUUCUGGGAGAGCGAGUCAGCGUUCUGCAUUUUGUGGCCUUGGUUCUGUCAGUGACAGGUGCAGUUUGCAUCUCGCAACCACAUUUCCUCUUCGGUGUUGAUGGCAAAGAGCCGCAGCAGGCCCCCAUGGGCUAUUGCCUUGCGAUGCUUUCAGGAUGCUUUCAAGCCUGCUGCUAUGUGUGCGCUCGUAAGUCUGCCCACAUCCCUGUGUCCCUUCUGACAGUUGUUUCCUUGCUGCUUGCCAUACCCCUCACAUGUAUACCACCAUUGCUACAGAUUGGGCACGGCAACUUUGAGCCUGUGAGAGAGGCGCCUUGGCGGGCUUUGGGCCUUCUCUCAAUGCUGGUAGUGGUAACAUUGCUCUCUAUUUUGCUUCCGGCAGCGGGGUCCACCAGAUGCCCAGCAGCGGUCAGCGCGACCGUCUACACAUCUGCAAACAUGAUCACUGGCUACCUGGCGCAGACGGUUCUCUUCGAUGAUGUCCCCAAGCCGUUAAAGCUCUUUGGCGCGGCUUGCAUGCUGCUUAGCGUGGUGCUGAUGGCUGUGCGCUGCCAGGCACAGGACCAACCUGAAGAGCCGGAGCCUUCCUGCGCAGAUGUUGCAGAUACGACGCCCACCCCUGCCACGGACGACGAGACACGGAGCCUUGGAUCCUUCGUAGCUUCGGAGGUCUCCUUCUCCUCCAGCUCCAGCCGCCUGCGGCGCCGCAGCAGCACCAGCUCCAAGCCCUUGCCGCAGCGGCUGGGGACCUGCCUGCCGGUGUGGUGCUUGCCACAGCCAUCUGCUUAG